ACAAGUUCAGUGCCCCCCCCCACCCCCGGGCUGCCUCCCGCGCUCCCGCCGCUGGGCCCUCGGCUUCCGAGGAGCCGGCAGCUCCCGACCCUGCGAAGAUGGCGAGGAGGAGCCGCCACCGCCUCCUCCUGCUGCUGCUGUGCUACCUGGUGAUCGCCCUGGACUAUCAUAAGGCCUAUGGAUUCUCUGCCUCAAAAGAUCAUCAAGUAGUCACAGCAAUAGAGUAUCAAGAGGUUAUUUUAGCCUGCAAAUAUCCAAAGAAGACCAUUUCCUCCAGAUUGGAGUGGAAGAAACUGGGGCACAGUGUCUCCUUUGUCUACUAUCAACAGGCUCUUCAAGGAGAUUUUAAAGAUCGAGCUGAGAUGAUAGAUUUCAGCAUAUGGAUCAAAAAUGUUACGAGAAAUGAUGCCGGGAAAUAUCGUUGUGAAGUUAGUGCCCCAUCUGAACAAGGUCAAAACCUGGAAGAGGAUACACUCACUCUAGAAGUAUUAGUGGCUCCGGCAGUUCCAUCAUGUGAAGUACCCAGUUCUGCACUGCGUGGAACUGUGGUGGAGUUGCGAUGUCAGGACAAAGAAGGCAACCCGGCUCCUGAAUACAUGUGGUUUAAGGAUGGCAUCCGUUUGCUAGAGAAUCCAAAACUUGGCUCCCCAAGUGCCAACAGCUCAUACACAAUGAAUACAAAAUCUGGAACUCUGCAAUUUAAUACUGUUUCAAAACUGGACAGUGGAGAAUAUUCCUGCCAAGUCCGUAAUUCUGCUGGACAUAGCAGGUGUCCUGGGAAACGAAUGCAAGUAGAUGACCUCAACAUAAGUGGCGUCACAGCAGCUGUAGUAGUUGUGGCCUUAGUGAUUUCUGUCUGUGGCCUUGGUGUGUGCUAUGCUCAGAGGAGAGGCUACUUUUCAAAAGAAACCUCCUUCCAGAAGAGUAGUUCUGCAUCUAAAGCCACUGCAAUGAGUGAAAAUGAUUUCAAGCACACAAAAUCCUUAAAAGAAGUCCACCUUUGCGAUGCACCAAAACCACAGUUGUUGCACUAUUAAAAGAUUAUAAAACUCUGCUUUGUCUUACAUUUGCAAAGAGGUACACAGGAGGUGAAAUUGGUGUUUCAUUAUAAUCUUUAUGACUGCUACAUCACUUGAAAUUUUUAUUUUACACAAAUAGUUUUGUCAGCAGCUAAAAUACAGUCUGGCUUCUUGUGUCUGGACAAAGUUAAAGGAGUCAAAAUACUAUGUAAUAUUCUGGGGCUUGUGAAAUGUUCAAUAUCGUAACUUCUAGAGUAAGUUACUAAAAACAUAUCAUACUGGUUGUGAAAUUAAUCCGCAGAGCAUGAAAAUAUAAGCUGUAUGCACCCUCUGUGCAAGAGUCUGAUUUAGAGGGUUCAGAAAAUACUCUGACAGAUGCAAAAGGAACCUCUGGUCUCAUUUCUCCCAGAAUCCUCCUUUUCCCCCUAAUACAAUGCUUAUUCUGUUGCUCAUUUAUCACUAAUAUAUUAACAGAAGGGAAGUGGCAGGAAGGGUCUUAUACCCAAGGAUUUGUACUUUUUGUUUACUUUCAUGUCUGAGAACCAAAAGCAACAUGAAGAAAAACACCUAAGGACCAGAGCUCACUCACCUGGUGUGUGUCAUUGACUUCUUCAUUAAACAUCUUUCUGAGAGU